CAUUUUGAUCUCACAAAUACAGCACAUUCAUUUCCAUUCACAGUUCACCUCUUUUCUCUUUCCCAAACAUAAAGAAUCCAAAGCUCAACUAUCAAACUAUUUAUCACUCUUUUUUUCAAAUUGCCCCUUUCUUCAUCUGGAUUUUCACAUUCACCUAAUAACCUUUCCUUCUUCCAUGGACAACCAGUUUUCCCUCAAUGCACCACCAUUCCACCUUGAACCCUCCCUAUCAGCUUCCUACUACCUAUCUUCCGCCAUGGACAUUCAUGCAACCGAGCUGAAUUGCUCCCAACAUUGUGAACAACCAACUGAUUAUUAUGGUCUACACUUCCACCUCCCCCUGAGUUCAAUGCCAUCCCAAGUUGGUGGUUUUCAAGGGAACAACAACAACAUUUCUCCAUUGCAGGGUCGAUCAAAGUCUGUCACUUCUCAAAAUGAAUCAUUACUGAAUCCCAAUGCUGAUUUGGAAGCUUCAAAAUAUUGGAAUUCAAGGAAAAGAACAAAAACAGUGGAAACUUCAGCUUCACCAACAAUUGCUGCAAAGGGGUCUGAAAGAAACCAAGAAUCAAAUGAAAAACGGAGCAACACUAAUACCAAUACUAAGCCUCUAGAACCUCCCAAGGACUAUAUUCAUGUUAGAGCAAGAAGGGGUGAAGCCACUGACAGCCACAGUUUAGCUGAAAGAGUCCGUAGAGAGAAAAUUAGUGAAAGAAUGAAGCUUCUGCAAGAUCUUGUUCCUGGUUGCAACAAGGUCAUUGGAAAAGCAGUUAUGCUGGAUGAAAUUAUAAAAUACGUUCAAUCAUUGCAGAGACAAGUUGAGUUCCUCUCAAUGAAGCUAGCUUCAGUUAAUAGCAGACUGGAUUUUAAGCUGGAUAGUGUCAUGUCCGAGGAUAUAUUUCAAUCAAACAACAAUUUUGCACAUCCAAUAUCCACAAUAGAUUCCUGGGCAUCAGCCAUUUUUGGGCAGCAGCAGCAAAACCUUGCACUGCAUAGCAAUGUUUCUAAUGGGACAAUGACCCAAUGCUCAGUGCAGCCAAUGGAUACUGCAAUAUGGCCCCAACUUCAACACCCAUUUACCUCCAAUCAACUUCCCCUUAGCUAAUUUCAUUUUCACAAAACCUUAGCCAGGAAUGGGGUUACAAUGAGAAAACUUCCAGGGUAAGAAAAAGUCAUAAUCUCACACAUAAUUAUAUAAUAAGUCGUUCAUGGUAGACUGAUUAUUGUAUUAAUGCGGGGUCAAAUCGAGUAUCCCAUAUGAAAGUUGAGGUCUAAUAACCAUUACUUGGUCCUGGUUUGAAGUUCCAGAACAGCUGCUGUGCAAUGUAUAUACAAAGAAUAUUAUCCAAGUAGUGUAAAAUUUGUGUAUUUGCUGGUGCAAUCAUCUUUAUAGCAAAAGCACCAACAUUAAGAUAUCAUGUAACAGCAUCUUUUAAUUAUAUAAGAGCAUCAAGGGUGGCAGUGGACUAGACCCUAUCAAUCAUUCA